AGGAGGAGGUGCAGUCCCACAAUACCCGGCGGAGGGCGGGUGGGUGGUUAGUGUCUGGGCUGUGCGGCGCUCCGGUCCCCGGCGGACCCAGCUGCCUCUGUUUCUUUAACGCGAGAGGAAGCGAUGUGGAGGGGUGAAAAAUGGCAGAGCUGCAGAUGUUACUAGAGGAGGAGAUCCCGUCUGGCAAGAGGGCGCUGAUAGAAAGUUACCAGAACCUGACCCGGGUGGCAGACUACUGUGAAAACAACUACAUACAGGCUACAGACAAGAGAAAAGCUCUAGAAGAGACCAAAGCAUAUACAACCCAAUCUCUAGCUAGUGUUGCUUAUCAAAUAAAUGCAUUGGCCAACAAUGUACUCCAGUUGCUGGAUAUCCAAGCAUCUCAGCUUCGGAGGAUGGAGUCUUCCAUCAAUCAUAUCUCACAGACUGUGGAUAUUCAUAAAGAAAAAGUGGCUCGAAGAGAGAUUGGUAUUUUGACAACAAAUAAGAAUACAUCAAGAACUCACAAAAUAAUAGCACCUGCAAAUAUGGAGCGCCCUGUCAGGUAUAUUCGGAAACCUAUCGACUACACAGUUCUGGAUGAUGUGGGCCAUGGAGUUAAGUGGCUAAAAGCCAAGCACGGAAAUAACCAGCCUGCAAGAACUGGCACAUUGUCGAGAACAAAUCCUCCCACGCAGAAACCACCAAGCCCUCCUGUGUCAGGCCGAGGGACUUUGGGACGGAAUACCCCUUACAAAACGCUAGAGCCUGUUAAGCCUCCAACAGUUCCUAAUGACUACAUGACUAGUCCUGCAAGACUUGGAAGCCAGCAUAGUCCAGGCAGGACAGCUUCGUUAAAUCAGAGACCAAGGACACAUAGUGGAAGUAGUGGCGGGAGUGGAAGUCGAGAAAACAGUGGGAGCAGUAGUAUUGGCAUUCCCAUUGCUGUGCCUACGCCCUCACCUCCCACUGCUGGCCCAGCAGCCCCGGGCUCAGCUCCUGGUUCCCAGUAUGGCACAAUGACCAGGCAGAUUUCUCGGCACAACUCUACCACUUCCUCGACAUCUUCUGGUGGAUAUAGACGAACUCCCUCUGUGACUGCCCAAUUCUCUACUCAGCCUCAUGUUAAUGGAGGUCCACUUUAUUCUCAAAAUUCAAUGUCUAUUGCCCCCCCUCCUCCCCCCAUGCCUCAGUUGACUCCACAGAUACCUCUCACAGGCUUCGUGGCCAGGGUGCAGGAAAACAUUGCUGAUAGCCCAACUCCACCACCACCUCCUCCACCGGAUGACAUUCCCAUGUUUGAUGACUCUCCACCUCCACCACCGCCUCCUCCGGUGGACUAUGAAGAUGAGGAAGCUGCAGUAGUUCAGUAUAGUGACCCGUAUGCAGAUGGUGAUCCUGCAUGGGCUCCCAAGAACUAUAUUGAGAAAGUUGUUGCAAUAUAUGAUUAUACAAAAGACAAGGAUGAUGAGCUGUCCUUUAAAGAGGGUGCAAUCAUCUAUGUCAUAAAGAAGAACGAUGAUGGCUGGUUUGAAGGAGUUUGCAAUCGAGUGACUGGACUUUUCCCUGGGAACUAUGUGGAAUCAAUCAUGCACUAUACUGAUUAGGUCUUUUCUUUUUUCUUUUCACGUAGGUUAUUACUCCGUCAUAUUGUGAGACUAUAUGGUUAACAGAAUUGUCUUAAUGUUUAAAAUGUGCCCAUAUUUUCAGGAUAUAAUGUUUUAUUGGUAUAUUUGGAUGUCUACCUGUAAGCAUACAUUUUGGAGGCAGUUCACAUAUUGCUAAACAGCAAUUUUAUACCAGAGACUGCCUGUAAUUGAUUAUGCAUAUAUACUCACACCUUGAUAACUUUAUGACCAGCCUAAAUAUUCUGGGGAUGUGGGUUAUUAUGUUUAACAAAUCAUGGCUCAGAAUGCACCGUUACAUGUGCAGCAUGGUCACUAACAUUAUGUCAGACUAAUAGGAAAAACAAAACUUAAUGCUGGUGCUGGUCAUACUUUUGGUUUAAAUUCUCGUUUUUUAAGAAUACUGUGUUUAAAGCAUGCGUAAAAUUUUAUGUAUUGAAAGAUACUUAACAGUUCAAGAUGCUUCCAGUUUGUGUAAUGUUUAUCUGGAGUACUUAUACUUGAGUCUCUAGUGAAACUAAAGAUUAUCUGUAAUGUUGUAAUUUGUACCUAAGUUUUUUAAUGAGUGAAAUUUGCAUUAUAAAUUUUCCAUUCAUAAAAAUACGUAAGUGAACCAAGGGAUUUUGUCCUCUCCUUUACUGGUUUGCUUUAAACAUGUGUGCUCAUGCAUAUGCAUGCACGCAAUCCCAACACAAAAGAUUUAUUGCAGAAUUAUGGUUCUAUUUUCUCAAUGUAUUAGCUGGGAAAUGUUUUUAGCUUUAUCUUAAUGUGUCGGAACAGCAAAGUCACAGAAUUUUGCAGAUUUCGGAACUGAGACAUUGUGUCAAAGUAAGCACAUCAUCCUGUAGGUAAAAAUUCUAAGGGGUGCCACACCAGUCCUGCGGUUUUAAUGAAAAUGAAUUCACACUAGUUGAAAAUGUUUUACAUAUUGUAAAAGUGAAUGCAAUUAAUUUGCAGGUAGGCAUAUUUAAUGUAUUACCUGGCACUAGCAACAUAAGAUUUUACAAUUGGGAAAGAAGGCGGGCCAUGUAUUACUCUGUAAGCAGGUAAAUAAGCAGGUUUGUAUUGUGACUGAAAUGCAACACAUGCACUUUGUGUGUCUCCUUGAUUUAAGGGAGGGUUAGAGGGAUAUUUCUCUUGUAUAUAAUUCUGUUCUGCUUAGGAUAUUACAGUAGAUCACACAAGUGUGGUUUCUAUGUACUGAGGAUUACAGAUGUAUGACAGCAUAGUAAAUGUGAGAGCAGCGCAAAAUAUUUCUGAAAAUUAAAGAGCAUUGUUCCUACCAAAUCAACAACUAUUUCAUUUAUAUUUUACCUUUGUUAUUUUUGAAGUAUUAUGUCAUUAGUGAUCAGAUAGCUAUAUUAUGCCUUUUCUUUUUGAAGCAGAAUGUUUUCUUAAUUUGUAAAUAACCUGUUGUCUAAAUUUUAUCUACAGUCUUUUAUAAUAAACUAUGCUCCUACAUGAAAAAAUUUGGAUAUUGUUAAAAUAUAACGAAUGUAGCUUAUAUUAAAUUUAAGUACAUACUUCAGAAUUCUCUGACCUUUAAUCCUAUGAUGAAACAAAGACAAACCACUUGAAUUUUAACGUUGAUUAUUUAUUUGUGUAAUGGCUUUACAUGUGGGCAUUAACAAUGUAAACAGGACCACACAUAACCAUCAGGAUACCUCGAUUAGAAUUUAUAGGACUAUAAUGACACUGGUUUAAUUACAUUUAAAAAGUUUUCUGAAAAACUUUGCCAAUAAAAAAAAAUUGCCCAUCAAUAAGGUUGAAAUUAUUUCCUAAAGUGAUUUUUGGUUAUCUGCACAUGAAGCAAAUAGUGUUUCACAAAAUUCAUUAGGCACAGUCUGGUAAAAUAGCUGCCAGAAAGAACAGGAAGAAUUGUCAUUUAUCUCUUGUGAGCACACUUUCAGAAAGCUGGAUGAGGGCAUCCCUUUCUGUGGAUGGUCUAAGUUUCCUGAUCUCUCUCACUGCUUCAUGGCAGUACUGCUGGGCGAGGUAGGUUGUUUGUUGAACGCCAUCACUCUACAGGAGACAACAAAACAGACAGAUCAAUGAUCAGCUCCCAGAAUGCUGUCACAAUAGAUUAAACAGUUGUUAAUCUGAAGUCCUUUCCAACAAUUAUAUCCCCUUUCAUAUGGAAACACGCUUUAGUUCUAUUAACACACACAGAAUCUGUCUCUCAAGCAGCCAGCCAUUUUCUGCUCCUUCUACUGAAGCAUUACAAGUUUUAAAAGUUGUAUCUAUAUAAAAGACCUUACUAUUUUAAAAUGAAAACUCAAAGGGCUUGUGAUUAAAAAUGCCUUUCAUAUUGCAAAUGAUACAGCUCGUCCCCAGCGUUUCUAAAUCUAAUCAUAUCACUGUCUUCAGUUCUGUGGAUUACUUUUGCCAUCAUGUAUGAGAACACCACUGCUUCUGUCUUCUCUGUGCCAUUAAAGAUGGUUACACUCUGGAACUAUGUUUCUAAUGUUGGUCCUUUGUAGAAGUUGGACACUAAUAAAGCGUUUUGUUCUCUGA